GCAAAGCAUUUUUUUUUAAGUGUGCUCACAUCUUUUUGUUAAUUUUCUUAAAUUCGAAAAUACAAAAUGAUGAUGUGUGCAUUUGUUCUCUGCACCAACAAUGCAUUUCAGACUAAGCUGAUGAACACAAGAGGACAUGGACAUACUAAGCAUGACAUAUGGUUAGCAGGGAAAACCUAGAACAAUUGAACCAUGGUGUGUCAAAGCAGAAAAAAAAAACUGAUGCACAGUUUUUCUGCAUCCAACACGGACGCACACACUGAGAAAACACACGCGCACACAUGCACACGCAUACACAGCAAGGCACUGAUUUGGCCCAUAUGCACCAUAUACACAGGUAGCACAUGCACAGCGUUUUAACCAAAGCAGGGAUUUGUAUUUCUCUCAUUUUACUUCCAUCCGUGGGAACGUUCUCUUAAAUCACUCCUGCAGUAAAGACAAGUGUGUAAGACAGGCUGGAGUCCACUAAAUGCCGCCACCCACUCCUUUCCUUACACACAAAGCCUGUGCGUAUUUCCAAAAAAAAGCCAUCCAUCUCUUCCCCUAGCAACUCUGUCCUUCAACACACGGUCUGCUCCACGCACAAGCCUGCAUGUCCCCCAAAAAAACGACAAAUAACAUGUCGUAGUGUAAAAUCACAUUCCCAAACCGAAGAUAAAAGCCAGGUGGAGAAGCUUCGCCCUAUAAUCACCGAUGGCGCAUUAUACUGCCUCCUCAAAAGGGAAAUGGUCGCAUCUUGUGCAGCUUAUUUAUCUAUUAAAACAUCCCUCCAGCGACAGUCCGGCUCUAACUGUGAACAGAAACUGGUUUUAAUGUGAGUGGCCAGUGUUUCUCGCCGCUUCCUGGCUGCAUUUGAUCCGAGGGAGAGUUAGAAGCCUUAAAUGUGUUGUGAGGGCACCGAGCUGUCAGACCUUUUGGCGAGUAAGAUUGAUCGCGCACAGGCUUCCAGGACUCUUUGUUUGGUGUAUAAGCAACAAACUGAGAGAGGCCUACCACUUCUCCUCUUCCUCUCUCCUACACACUAAGUCAUAUUUUCUUUUCUUUCCUUUUGGAAAUACAACAUGUACUGCUUGACGAAAAACAUCCCAAAUGUGGCUUUCACAGAUUCUUCUGGAGGAGCUAUAAAAACCCCAAACGCUGCAGGGAAAUGCCAUUCAAUAACAAUUCCAUAUACAUAAUAACGCUGCAAAUGGACUCGUUGUACAUGGUCGAUCAUUCCCGUGCUGGUGCUUGCUUCAUCGCAAUUUAGAGAGUAGAACUGAUAACUGCAAAUACAGUGGAAAGGCUCCCUCAGCAUUAUAGGUACUGUCCUUUCAGCAAAGCCUGGUCACUGUUGUUUUUUUUGUUGUUGUUUUUUUCAAAACAAAUAGAAAAUCAUUUUAAAAUAUUUGAAACAUAUUGUAGUUUUAAAUGUAACUAUUUUACCAAUCAAAGGGUGCGUGUGUGUGUGUCAUUCUGGGUAUGUACACGCACACGGGCGCGCAUGACCUCGUCAUAAAACUGCCCUUUUUUAUGGAAUAAACGAAAUACUAUUUUAAUAGCAUCCCCUAUACAGCUGCAUAAGCAGCCUGUAAUAUAACAGUGGUGGCUGUGGGUGCGCAUAUGCGUGGGUAUGUGCACUGAUAAGUUCCUGCACUGUGUGUUAAUCUUAAAUUGCUGUUAUGUUGGAUGAAAUGGCGUGAGCGUGUCAUAUCCCUCAGUAUUAACUUAAUGGAUGGGCGUUUUAUUGCAACACAUGUCGAUGGAUGCGCUGCAUAUUUCAUUAAUAUGUACCUUAGAGGAAUCCCGUCUCCUCUGUAGACAACACUUGCACACUCACAGAGCAAACUGCUGGGCCCUUGUUGGGGUUUGUGUCUGUCGAGAAGUCACCGUAUCAGUUUUUUGGGGUUUGUUUCUUUUUCACAUCUGAAGCCUGACUCUUGCUUUCAUGAAUAGCUACUGGCGUGUGUGUAUGUGUAUUUGUGUGUGUGUGUGCGGGUGGGUGGGUGUGGGGUGGGGGCGUUCUCGACUGACAUCCUCAAACAAUACGAGAAAGAGGAGUGCACGAAUCCGCGCGCACCCCAGGCUGGGCUCCUUCCCUGUAAUAGUGAGCGUCAGCCAUUCUUAAAAAACACAUUUUGUUGCUUAGUGGACUCGACUGGAGGGCGAGAGGAGGAUAAACUGAGCGGACAAAGAUGUAAAUAAAAACAGUCGUCCCCCAGCUGAGCGAGGCGUUCUUCAUCUGACUUUUUGGAUCAAUCAGACAGGCAGUGGCUUCUUUUGAUUAAACCCCAAAUUGUCAUUGGGCAGAGGUAAUCAUGUGACAGGCAAUUCGGUCCAAUUUCAACCUUGUCUCCAUGAAUUCAAUAGUUUAAUAGUAGCUCGGUCCCCAUACGGCCGUAAUCAGUGACAUAGAAAAAAAACCACCACGAGAUUUUUAAAUGAUUUUUUUUCUUCCUCGUCCUCACUGAGCCGCAACAUUUAUAAAAAUACGCGUGCAAACUUUCCUCGGCUCUCAGGGAGCGGAGAUGAAUUACGAAUUCGAGCGAGAGAGCGGUUUUAUCAAUAGUCAGCCGUCGCUUGCUGAGUGCCUGACAUCUUUCCCCCCUGUCGCUGAUUCAUUUCAAAGUUCAUCAAUCAAGAGCUCGACGCUUUCACGCCCGACACUGAUUCCUCCUCCCUUUGAGCAGACCAUUCCCAGCCUGAACCCGGGCAGCCAUCCGCGGCACGGCCGGCCUAGACACAGCCCCGACGGAUGCAGCCAGCUGCCUACCGCCUCCUUACCUCCGGAGUAUCCCUGGAUGAGGGAGAAGAAAGCCGCCAAGAGGAACCACCUGCCAACCUCCACUGCCACCACCAUCAACAAUGGACCCGUGUGCUUUUCCCCAAAAGGCUCGCCUGAGAUCGAGGAGAGCAGUGGGGGGGGAGGGGGCUCUCGCCGGCUGAGGACAGCAUACACCAACACUCAGCUGCUGGAGCUGGAGAAGGAAUUCCACUUCAACAAGUAUCUUUGUCGGCCGAGGAGAGUGGAAAUAGCGGCUCUCCUGGAUUUGACCGAGCGGCAGGUCAAAGUCUGGUUCCAGAACCGGCGCAUGAAGCACAAGCGUCAGACUCAGAGCAAGGAGAACCAUAACGGGGAGGGGAAAGGUCCGAGUGCCGAUGGCAGCAUCCACAGCGACGAGGAGGACGAGGCCCCCCUGUACGAGCGGAGUGGGGCCCUGCUGGAGAGAGAUACCUGCUCCUUUCAAAACAACUCUCUGGGCUCCACACAGCAGCUUCACAAUGGAGAGUCCAUGAGCUUUGCUGCUGCGCCGCUGAACAGCAAUGACAAAAAUCUGAAACAUUUUCCCAACCCGUCACCCACUGUUCCGGGCUGCAUGUCAACAAUGGGCCCCGGCUCGGCAUCUGGCCCGGACAAUGGCGACAGUCCCCCGACCCUGGAUGUUUCUAUACACGACUUUCAGCCUUUCUCCUCGGAUUCCUGCCUUCAGCUCUCCGACGCUGCUUCGCCGAGUUUGUCAGAGUCUCUGGACAGCCCCGUGGACAUUUCCGCGGACACUUUCUAUUUCUUCUCGGAGUCACUAACUACAAUCGACCUGCAGCAUCUGAACUAUUAAGAAAAGCCAACGACAGAAACUUUUGGGGACAUUAAAUAUCAAGCUACGACGGUGUUAACUCUGAUGUUGUUUGUAUAUUCGGCACAUUUAUUCUGUUGAUAUUUGACUUGACGGUAAAUUCAAGGUAAGGAUGAAAAUGAAUCACUGAAGUAGCUCUGCUCAAACGUGGCUUGUAAUUACCAUAACAAAUUGAUCUCUUGGAAUGGAAAUUAUGAGUGUAUGUGAAUAUUAUACAAUAUUAGGCCUAAGGAACCAGGUCAUUUUUAUUUUUGUAUAGCUUCCAGCGUCUUGGAUAUUUUUGUUAGAAUACAAUUAUCUUGCUACAAUCUGUU